GCGAUGUCGUGCCCAUUGAAUAGGUAUCUGCUGCUCAUGGCGCAAGAGCACCUGGAGUUCCGCUUGCCGGAAAUAAAGUCUUUGCUUUCACUUUUUGGAGGUCAGUUCAUCAGUAGUCAGGAAACUUAUGGAAAGUCUCCUUUUUGGAUUCUUAGCAUUCCCUCAGAAGAUAUUGCCAGAAACUUAAUGAAACGAACAGUGUGUGCCAAGUCCAUAUUUGAGCUAUGGGGUCAUGGAAAAUCUCCAGAGGAGCUGUAUAGUUCUCUUAAAAACUACCCUGUGGAGAAGAUGGUUCCGUUUCUACAUUCAGAUUCUACGUAUAAAAUAAAGAUUCACACAUUUAAUAAAACAUUGACACAAGAAGAAAAAGUCAAACGAAUAGAUGCACUUGAGUUUCUGCCAUUUGAAGGGAAAGUGAAUUUAAAGAAGCCACAGCAUAUAUUCUCUGUUUUGGAGGAUUAUGGUUUGGACCCAAACUGCAUCCCUGAGAAUCCACAUAAUAUCUAUUUUGGUAGAUGGAUUGCAGAUGGGCAGAGAGAGCUUAUUGAGUCAUACAGUGUCAAAAAGAGACACUUUAUUGGAAAUACAAGCAUGGAUGCUGGUUUAUCAUUUAUCAUGGCCAACCAUGGAAAAGUGAAAGAGAACGAUAUUGUCUUUGAUCCAUUUGUUGGAACAGGUGGCCUUCUGAUAGCAUCUGCUCAUUUUGGUGCUUAUGUAUAUGGGACAGACAUAGACUACAAUACAGUUCAUGGCUUAGGAAAGGCUAGUAGGAAAAACCAAAAGUGGAGAGGACCAGAUGAAAACAUUAGGGCAAAUCUUCGUCAGUAUGGUUUAGAGAAGUAUUACCUCGAUGUCCUGGUUUCAGAUGCGUCUAAACCUUCCUGGAGGAAGGGCACAUAUUUUGAUGCAAUCAUCACUGAUCCUCCAUAUGGUAUCAGAGAAUCUACGAGAAAAACAGGUUCUCAGAAGGAAAUACCAAAGGGGAUGGAAAAAUGUCCAGAAAGCCAUGUUCCUGUUUCCUUGAGUUAUCAUCUGAGUGAUAUGUUUUUUGACCUGUUAAACUUCGCAGCUGAGACCCUCGUAUUAGGUGGAAGACUAGUCUAUUGGUUACCAGUGUAUACACCAGAAUACACUGAAGAGAUGGUACCCUGGCACCCUUGCCUGAGGCUUAUUAGCAACUGUGAGCAGAAGCUUUCCAGCCACACAUCAAGGCGCUUGAUAACAAUGGAAAAGGUGAAGAAAUUUGAGCUCCAGAACAUUCCCUGAAGUAAUCUCCAAUGCAUUUCAGCAGAGAGGUGAUCAUGUGUGGCUUGGAGGCGUCACAGGGAGGAGAGAAGACAGAAGGCAGACCUGGGAAGGACCUCACUGCCUGAUUCCUCUGGUGUGGCAGAGGAAACGGAGAGGAUAUUCAGCAAACUGAUGGUGCAGUUGACUCUCAUCCCAGACAGUGAGGGGAAAGCCUCAGAAUUGGGGAGAGUUUGAACCCAUUUGGAUUUUAGCCAGAAAUACUGACAUAUUAGAUUUGUGUUUGAACAAGUUGAGUUUGGUCUCAGUAAGGAAAAUAGACUGGAGAGGGAGCCGCUGAAGGCAUGGCAACUGGCCGUUUAGGGGGAAAAGGCUCCGGAAGAUACAAUGAAGCUGAAACUCAUUACCGACAUUGUGGGUGAGAGAAGUGGAUUUGAGACAUUUAGGAUGCAGAAUGGAAGAUUCGAGGUCUGACUCAAUGUGAGAGGAAGAGGAAGAGGCAUUUGAUCCAGGCUUCUGAUUUCAGUGCCCAAGUGGAGAAUGACGCACGGAGCUGUGAGGAGAAGUCAAGCAGCCGGAGAGAUGUCAGCAUCUGGAUGGAGCUCUGAAGUGUAACCAAGUGACAUUUCUGCCAGGAUGACGCUAACAUAGGUCAGGAAGUGGACACGUUUUCUGGAGAUCUUAUUUGAUACAGGGAUAGAAUUUAGAAUACUUGGAGGAGCGAAUGAUGGCAUAUCCCUUCCUUUCAGCUGACUCUUUUGAGUCAGACUUUUGAUGAAAGUUG